AUGCAGAGCCCAGCUCCCUCGGGCGCCGGAGGGGCGGCACCUCCCAUCGCCCUCUCACCCAUCGAAAGAAGUGCGUUCGCUCAUCUCUUCAACCUUGCCGACCCCGAGCGUACGGGCAUUGUUACGGGCGAUGCCGCCGUUUCCUUCUUCGCAAAAUCCAAGCUCCCACCUGCCACCCUCGGCCAGAUUUGGGCGAUGGCCGAUAGCGCAAAUAACGGCUUCCUUACCCCUCCUUCCUUCAGCAUCGCUUUGCGUCUCAUCAGCCACGCACAACGCGGUGAGACCAUCACGGAAGCUUCCAUCAAGCGCCCCGGUCCGCCGCCUACAAUGGAAGGCGUUAACCUUCCACUCACUUCCCAGCUCACCGGCUCUCAAUCCUCAGGUGGUGCCCCCACCAACAUGCCUGGCGUCAUCGAGAUCAAGCCCGAGGACCGCGCACGCUACACCCGCAUUUUUGCCAACUCUGGACCCGUAGGUGGUCUCAUCGAUGGCGAUCGCGCCAAGGAGAUCUUUGUCAAGUCUAAGCUUCCUUUCGAUAAACUCGGCGCCAUUUGGAAUCUCGCCGAUACACAGGCUCGCGGAGCUCUCGACCUCACCGACUUCAUCAUUGCCAUGCACUUUAUUCAAAACACCAUGAACGGCACGCUCAAUUCCAUCCCCGCUGCGCUCCCCCCUGGUCUCUACGAACAAGCAAAAGGAUCUGGUGGCGUCGGCUCCCGCGUCAUUCCCGGCUCGCCUCUCGCUACCCAAAAUACGGGUGGCUCUGCGUCUGGUUUCGGCUCAACCGCCAUCCCUCGCCAGAUGACCGGCUCUUCCUUCCCCGCCGCAUCUGCGUUUCAAUCACCACGGCAAGCUGCCCCCGCUGCACCAUCCUGGGACGUCACACCUGACGAAAAGGCACGCGCGGACCAGUUUUUCGACGGUCUCGAUGUGUCCAAGCAGGGCAGGCUCGAUGGUGCUGCCGUCGUCCCCUUCUUUAUGCAAAGUAAGCUCACCGAGUCGGUCCUCGCCCACGUCUGGGAUCUUUCCGAUAUCACUCAGAGCGGCACCUUGUCCAAGGACGAGUUCGCCGUGGCUAUGCACCUCAUCAAUGGCCAGCUUGCCGGAAAGCCACUGCCACAGGAGCUUCCCUCGAGUCUUGUCCCUCCUUCUAUGCGAAGCAUGGAUCUGCCUGCUGCCGUUAACCCACAGCAGUCUGAUACCCAGAAGGAUCUUUUCUCCCUCAUGGACGACGACCCACCCGCACCCACCAUCUCUGCCUCGUCCGCAUUCAUCACUCCCUCCCCUGCAGCUCCGGUCGUCGCCGCGGCGCAAAGCACGCCUUUUGGACCCGCCAGCCCUGCUCCUGCUCCUGCCACUGCUCAACGCUCUGCACCCGGACCCUUCGAUGACGACUUUUUCGGGGGUGGUGAAUCCACAAGCGCGCGAGCUGCAGCUCAGCCCACACAGCCGACCGCAGCAGCUCUGUCACCCGCUGCUACAGGCGGAAGCUUUGGUAGUGCUGCCGCUUUCAGAUCGCCUGGCAUCGCCUCCCCCGCUGGCGCUGCAUCGCCUUCUGCCUCCACCUCGCGUCUCGGAUCUGCAUUCGCUGCAGCUGCUCCAGCCUCCGCUGCAGGCGCGGCUGCAGGCGCUGCCUUUGGAAGCGGCGACAACAGCGCCGAAUAUGGCAACAAGUCGAUUCAGCUCCAGAGCACCGAGAAGGCCGUUUCGGACCUACAAUCCCAGCGAAGCACUCUCGAAUCUUCGGUCGCCACCGACGCCUCCACCAUCGCUGAGCUCGAGUCGCGUUUGGCAACCGUUCGAGGCCAACACGAAACCGAAUCCAAGCUUGUCAAAGAUCUGGAAGAGCGUCAGCAGAAACAGAGUGCCGAACUCAAGACGUUGCGCGAAGACGUCAUCCGCGAAGAGAGCGAGCUCAGUGCACUCAAAGCCGAAAAGGACGAGCUCGAACAGGCCCUCAUGCGCGAUCGCGAAGACGUUCGCGACAUGAAGAAGCGCAUGAACGACGUGCAGAUCGAGACCAAAUCGCUCAAAGAGCAGCUCGAAAAGCUCCGCAAGGAUGCAAGGCAGCAAAAAGGUCUUGUCGCCAUCAGCAAGAAGCAGCUCGCCACUGCGGAGAGCGAGCAAGACAAGGUCGCUAGCGAGAUCGAGGCUGUGCAGCGAGGCGAGCUGGGUGACGAAGAGGCUGCUCAUCAUCAGCACGGCGCUACCGCUGUCACCCCUGCUACUCGCAGCGCUACCGCUGAGUCGGUCACAAGCCCAGUAGCUAGUGUCCGCAGCUACAACCCCUUCGAUCGCUUUGGCCCCGGAGCUGGUGCCGCGUCGCAACCCGGCACUCCGGACACCACCCACACUCCUUCAGCAGGCACUUCGCUCGCUGCUGGUGCUGGUGCAGGUGCUCUCCUGGGCGGAGCCGUGGCAGCAGCUACACACCAGGAGGAUGGCUCGCUUGUGGCAGCCCAACCGACUACUCAGUUUGGACAAGAGGCAUUCGCACAGCCCGAGUCUCGCGAGGCGGAUCCUUUCGGCGUCCAGCAUGCUGACACGCAGCCGCAGCACGCCGCUUCAAAUCUUGGGUUCGACGACGCCUUCGCGGUUCCAGGCGAGUCUGUUAGCGCUCCCACUGCCACUUCGGGGCACGCUCAGGCUGUAUCGACAGACUUUGACGACAAUUUCGGCAACGACUUUGGCGCAUCUGCCUCAGCUGAGCCUGCUUUGUCCGGUGUACCUGUAACUGGAGCUGAGACAGCAGCGGAGCCCAAGGAUGCUGGCGAUCAUCACACGGCCGAACUGGCUGCAGCCGGUGGAUUUGGAGCAGGUGCAGGCAUCCUCGGUGCAAGCGCCAUUCAUGCUGUCGAACCGUCGCGCGCUGGGGAGGCUUCCCAACAACUUGAGACCGACACUAGUGUCGACGGACCUUUCGGUGGUGACGACGCCGCGGCAGGCAACGAUCAUGCCUACGAGCCAGGUGCAGACGAGGAUGUGGACAGCUCAGAUGACGACGAUGAGGGUCCGGAGGAGGUCGGUGGCUACAAGGUCAGAGGCUACGACACGCCUGCGGGAGGCGCCGCUGAACGUUUCCCCGAGGUAGACUCUGCUGCUGAAGACGUCCCCGCAUCGACUGGAGCGCAGUCAGAACUGGAAGGAGAGCACACGGUCCCUGGUGGUUUGGGAGACGUGACGAAUGCCACCGCGCCCGCCUCGUCUGCUCCUGUCGACCCGACUGCGAUCGGCGAAAUUGGAGGCCGCACAGCCUCUACCACGUCCAUCGCCCCCAUCAGUCGUCAAGACACCAUCUCGAGUGACGUUCCCGAACCCGCCACCACCGAACCGGCGCAGACAGAGAAGACUGAAAACAGCAGCCACCUCGGUGCUGGCACGGCUGCAGCUGGUGGGAUUGGUGUUGCCGCUCUUGCUGCUGGCGCAGGUGCCUUGACACUGGGUGAGCGCGGUCACGGUGAUACGACGCCUAGUGUCGCUUCGCCCACGGACGACAACGUCCCUCUUAGCCAGCUGAUUGGCUCGCAAGGUUCGAAGGUGGCUACUUCGCCUGCGGAGGGCGAGUCGAUCACCGCAGCUAAUGCGUCUGCCAGCCCGACGCUGUCGACCAAGACACGCCGUGCACCCCCGCCCGCUCCCGUGCGCAGUGCCACGACUCUGUCAACUUCAUCGUCGGCUGUUCCGGCUACCGGUUCUGCUGGGCUCGGUGCUGAGCCCGUCGCCACUGCUGCUCCUGCCGCCUCUGGCGCAGCGGGUUCUAGCAGCGCUGCCACCAACCCAUUCGGCAUGGACGACUUCGGUGCUACAACCGGAUCGUCCGGUCUCGGCGGGCAGCAGCACAAGACGACGGCCAAUGACAGUGGCAGCGGUAGCAACUUUGAUGAUUUUGACUCUGCGUUUGAGGAUCUUGGUCCCUCGGAGGCUGUGCCUUCGUCGGGUGCGACUGGUGCUGCAGUUGGAGCAGAUACUGCAGUUCUCGCUACUGGCGGUGCAGGUGCUGGCUUCGACGAUGCAUUCGACAACGACUUCGACUUUGUGCCGUCGUUCAGCGCUCCGGGCGCUGGUGCUGCUGAUGCCGGAACUGGAACUGCGGGCGAGGGUGCUAAUCGGGGUGUACCUGCGUCGGCGGGUGGCAGCAAUGCUUUUGAUGACUUCGACGCUGCGUUUGACAGUGGCCACACUGGCGCUCCCAGCUCCACAGCCCCCACUUCCUCUUCGGCAACGCCAGGUGCUGCAGCUGCCAUCCCUGCUCUUGGUGCAGCGGCCGGUCUCGGCGCGAUCGCCGGUUCUGGAAGCCAGGGAGAGCGAGGCACCGCAUCCAACACGACUUCUGGCUUCAGCUUCGAAGACGCAUUUGACCCCGCUGGCUCGCCUAGUGCUAACAACGCUGCUGCUGCCACUGCUACGCCCACCGCGGUUCCGACGUUGAACACGAGUUCGACGUCGACCUCGGGUGCGGGUGUCAGCUCGCCUUCGCACGUCUCGUCGCCCACCGUGCCGCACGGAACGUACGCUCCGCCCCCCGGACCCCCUCCUGGAUUCAACGCGCCUCCUGCGGUGCCUCCACGCUCUGGUACCGGCGGUGGCGGGAGCAGCGCGAUUGGAGAGGCACAAGACUACACGGGUGCCUUGCCGGAUGAUGCAGGUCCGGUGAAGCAGCUGUGCGGCAUGGGCUUUACGCGGGAGAAUGUGAUUCAGGCGCUGGAGAAGUCAAACUACCGCACGGAGAAGGCGCUCGAACGUCUGCUCGCCUCUACCUGA